UGUUGUGUUAAAAUGUAGCGCGCACCAAUAUUUAUUUAACAUUAAAAAACAAUGGUUGUUGUCUCAAUCUAACCCACGGAAAAUGAAUCUGAACGCAAAUUGAGCGAGCGCAAAACUCCGCCUGAGAGACAACGCGUAGGGAUUAAACAUCUCACACAAGCACAACAAACCCCGGAAGAGAGAAGCGGAAGAACAGAACUAAUGUUACACACAAAGUGAAGUUAUCUAACUACAGAGUACCUGAAACACACGUACAGGUAGACAGACAUAUGCAGGAGGAAGAAAACAGUGUAGAAACGCAACAUUUGUGAGUCACUAACAGCGUCAGUGAGGUGAAGCCUCGCAGCUAGGAGUUAGUUAGCAACAACAAGACGUUACAACAGCGCCUGACAACAGAUGACAAAACGUGUUUACCGAGCAGCUUGUGAUGAUUGUUGAAGUCUUCUUCCAGUUUGUGUCUAAUCAACCCGUACUGUUUAAUCUCAGUGAACAAAUCUGGAUUCCUGCCCAGUCCUCUCUGUUUCCUGUGCUCUUUGUGAAAUGACCUGACUGCGACUUCACUGGUUCCAGCAUCAGGUGACAAUGGCCAGAAUAGCCUGGUAUCAAGAGAAGAUCGGGGCCUAUGAUCAACAAGUGUGGGAGAAAUCUCUGGAGCAGACGGAUCUAAAUGGUUUGGACAGAAAACCAAGGAGGUCGGGUCACAUCAAAUCAGACCUCAUCGAUGUCGACUUAGUAAGAGGAUCAACAUUCAGCAAAGCCAAACCAGACAGUCCCUGGGCAGCUCUGACUCGGAAGGGUCUGGUCAGAGUGCUGCUGUUCCCGUUCUUCUUCCAGUGGUGGAUCCAGGUGACCUCCAAGUCCGUCUCCUCAUGUAUCCUCGUGCUAUACUUCAUGCAAGUGGCAGCGGUGGCGCUGUACUUGGAGGUCCCUGGGGCGAGUGCCAGCGAGGUGUUUGGGCCCAUGUGUCUGAUGCUGCUGCUGGGUACCGUGCACUGCCAGAUUGUGUCGACCGAGUCCAGCCGGUGGCCCUCGGGCAGUCCAGCUGCCAGCUGCACCACCAGCCCCGCUCGCAGACGCAGGCCCAGGAAGGGCAGAGGGCUGAAAAAAACGGAAGAAAAGAAGGACAGCGGAGACACAGAGCAGCAGGGGCCCUGGCAGUUCGAAGAAAGCCAGGGGAGGACCUCAAGAAAGUCAGGAUUUGGGGCAUCCGACGAGCUCUCCAGUGAUGAUGAGGAGGGAGUACAACCAGUGGAAGUCCUUCUUCCGGUACCUCAUCAAGAGAGACUUCCUGCUCCAACAUUGCCGACAUCUGCACCAGCAUCUUCUGUUAGGAAGAGAAAUCUAAACCCCAAACCCGCAUUAAGACCUCAGGAAGGGAGUGGGGCUUCCAUCAAGGUGAAGCCUCGAGAGGUGGAUCGCCUCAGGCCGAUUGUGGGCUCUCGUCCCGCCUCCGACACUGAUGACACGCUGUGGGAGGAGCUUCUCCAAGGGCCUGACUCCGCCUCCACGGGGAGCAGUGACAGUGAGGCGAACGGGAGGUACAACGCUGGCAUGGCGCUGCCACAAACCACUACUCUGAGCAGUGAUGAUGAGAGCUUACAGCAGGGAACCACCGGAGUAAGAUCGCCAAUAACCUUAAAUGCCCUUCUUCGUCAACAUAGCCAGCUGUCUUGGCUGCAGGCAUGUCACCCAUCCAAGGACCGUGUCAGUGCCAUAAUAUGGGAGCAGGGCGAGUGUAAGAAGGCAGACAUGUCAGUAUUGGAGAUCAGCGGGAUCAUCCUCACACGGGUGAAGUUGGUGGAGCAGGGCGUGGGUUACCUUAUGCUUGGCGGGCUGAUGACCGCCACUCUGGCACUGCUUCCCUUCGCCUUCUACGUGGCUCAGCAUCUGGACAUGUCGAGCCUUGGCUGCGGGUCCCUGAGAGAGCUGGGGGAAAUGGUGGUGGGGCAGCGUGGUGCCCAUGAAUACGCCUUUUUCUUCAUCACGACGGUGCAACGAGUCUGCCUCAUAGGAUUGUUCUUCUUCAUGAUGUGUGUGGCGGAGAGAACGUACAAACAGAGACUCUUGUUUGCCAAGUACUUCAGCCACCUGACUUCAGCUCGCAAGGCCAAGAAAUCAGAGAUCCCUCAUUUCAGGCUGAAGAAAGUCCAGAACAUAAAGAUGUGGUUGUCGCUACGCUCUUUUCUCAGGAGGCGAGGGCCGCAGCGCUCCGUUGACGUCAUCGUCUCCACUAUCUUCCUUUUGGCGCUUUCCAUUUCAUUCAUCAUCUGUGCCCAGCUUCUUUCCAGCCACCAGACUUUCCUAGAUUCUCUGAUAAACUGGGAGCUGAUGGUGUGGGCCUCCUCCCUCGUCCUCUUUCUGUUACGGCUGGCCACGCUGGGCUCAGAGACCAACUGCAAAUACAGCAACUCCUCAGUGCUGCUCACUGAGCAGAUCAAUUUGUAUCUCAAGAUGGAGAAAAAGCCCAAUAAGAAAGAGGAACUCAAUAUAGUGAACAACGUUUUGAAACUGGCUACAAAACUGAUGAAGGAGCUGGAUACUCCAUUCAGACUGCUGGGUCUGACCGUGAACCCUCUGAUCUACAACAUCACCAAAGUGGUCAUCCUGUCCGCUGUGUCUGCUGUGGUCAGCGACCUGCUCGGCUUCAACAUCAGACUGUGGAAAAUCAAGUCUUAAUGUGAAAAACAGCGAACCACUAACAGUCGGACACUGGAGACCAGAAGUUCCCCACCGUCUGCUGCAUACAGCAUCUCAUCGAUAAAAAAAAGUGCAAACCUACUGACUGUAUAUUCAUUGUCUGUGCCUUCCAGCUGAAACUUGUAUCUCUUGAGUUUCAUCAGUCAUUCUCAAGCCCGAGAUGCUCUGACAAUCGCUCUCACACACCAUUACUGGCGGCUCAGCUGGUGUCCAUCCGCCACGCCACUAACCCAGUGCCUAACCCCCUUGAAUGUUCAGUAUGUGGUUAAAUAUAGCCCGUGAGUUUGAGGUCUGAGAUCAUUUCAGGCUUCUGUGGCAACCACAAUUCCAAGUGUCUUGUACAGAUGUGUUGACACAAAGUGAAAUGUAAAUGUAGAUAGUUUUGUUUAGUCUUACACGCUGGUGUUUCUCAUCAGUAUCUAACUGUUUGUGCUAAUCUAAUGCCGGGUCAAUCAAAAAUGAGGCUGCCAGCUUAAUUAAAUGAAUUUUUCAUAGGACUCAAAUUUGAUUUCCAACCUUUUGUACUAUUUAAAGAGGAAACAUUGUGUAAGUGGGCUUUUAUUUAUUUGGGGGUUCUGUUUUAGCACUUAAACUUGUAAAUGGUACCUGUAAAUCAUGACUCUCUGACCACUAUCUGUCGUUUUGUGUCGAGGACCAUUGUUGAAUGAAAUAACUAUGCAACGUUUGUAUAGUUAUAUAUGCUUAAAGAAAAUGUUUGAUAGAGUAAAUAAAUGUUUUUCAUCCA